CUUAUAUAAGUAGCGAGUUGGUCAUGUAUCUAGCAUUAGAUUUGAUGACGGUUCUUCUUGGUAUUGCAUCAAGUACUUUCAUGAGAGUAGAGAGUAGAGACAACUCAUAUUGAGGGUAAAAUGAUAACUUCAUCAUCCACCACCGCCUAAAUACUCUCCAUGGCUUCCUUUAUUUUCCAAACAAACAAACAUUCUCCUUCCUCUCUGAGCUGUUUCUUUAAGAUUGGUCUCAAAAAAAGCCUUGAAGAUGGAAACCUUAAGUUAACAAAAAAGUUCAGUAAGAAAUAUGGUGAUAGUCUUCCAAAUCCAGUGUAUCUGAAGCCUCCAGAUGGCACUGCAUGGAAGAUAGAUUGGUCUUUGUAUGAUGGUGUGAUUCUAUUUGAAAAUGGUUGGAAAGAAUUUGCUUCAUAUUACUCUUUGGAUAAUGGCCAUAUGCUGUAUUUUGAGUACAAUGAAACUUCUAACAUUGAAGUACGCAUUUUUGACAUCAUUAGUGGCUCUGAAAUAGACUAUCCUUCCUUGGAUCACAUCGGCCAUGACAAUUCGAUUGAGAUCUUGAAUGAACUGCCGCCACGAGGCUGGCCGAGGAAAACAGAAGUAUCAUCUCCUUCUACAAGUAAAAGAUUGAGGAGUUCUGUCAAAACUGGAGAUGUAGAAAAGGGCCCUGAUGAACAAAACUGGAUGCAGUGUUGCAAGAAUGAAGAAGCUAGUCAAUCUGAAGAGACAAGUCUUAAGAUGCCAACAAUUCAAAGUGCCAGAGUUGAUCCUGAUAGUAUGUAAUUUCAUGAUGAGUUCAUCCUUUUAUUUUCGUAGAUUUUAAUGUAUGUCUUUGUGGCUAAAAUGCAUAAAUCAUAGUUACAAAUUCACCAAAUAGGUAGCGUACGCAUAUAUUCCACAUAAAAUAUUUUACAUAUGGCGUACUCUAAAAAAUAUCAGAGCAUAUUGCAUUUCAUGUAACUAUGUAAUAAAUAUCUUAUUGUUCUUAGGCUGUGUUCAAAUUUUGUUCAAAUGAAUAAAACUUACUGUGUUGUUUGAAGCUUGAACUUAGCUACAAGUAA